AGCCCUCACCCCUCACCACGGGUGUCCUGGACACGGAUCAAAGCCUGAAGAACUGACGGCAAGUCUGCACCGUUUUAAGAACAAGGUCUUCAGGGAAGCCCAGGUCUGCGGGGUCUGCAGACAGGUUGUUGACGGUCCGGGGACUCCGUGCCGAGCCUGCAAGUACCCCUGCCACAGACAAUGUGAAGCCAAGGCCCCGGGGCGCGCCUCGCUGUCCGAGUCUCUCUGCUGUGACCGGCCGUCCAGGCCGGCAGCGCUGAGCCUCGCCAUGGAGGACAGCCGCGAGCUGGACCUCACCUACGUCACCGAGCGCAUCAUUGCCGUGUCCUUCCCCGCGGGCUGCUCCGAGGAGUCCUACCUGCACAGCCUGCAGGAGGUGACGCGCAUGCUGAGGUCCAAGCACGGGGACAACUACCUGGUGCUGAACCUCUCGGGGAAGAGAUGCGACCUCACGAAGCUGAACCCCAAGAUCCUGGACGUGGGCUGGCCCGAGCUGCAUGCCCCACCGCUGGACAAGGUGUGCACCAUCUGCAAGGCACAGGAGUCCUGGCUGAACAGUGACCCGCAGCACGUGGUGGUCAUCCACUGCAGGGGCGAGAAGGGGCGCAUCGGGGUGGUGAUCUCGUCCUACAUGCACUUCACCAACGUCUCGGCCAGCGCCGACCAGGCCCUCGACAGGUUUGCGAUGAAGAGGUAUCACGAUGACAAGGUCUCGGCUCUGAUGCAGCCUUCCCAGAAACGGUACGUCCAGUUCCUCAGCGGGCUGCUGUCGGGGACGGUGAAGAUGAACGCCUCACCCCUGUUCUUGCAUUUCGUCAUCCUGCACGGCACCCCCAACUUCGACGUGGGUGGAGGGUGCCGGCCCUUCCUGAAGCUGUACCAGGCCAUGCAGCCUGUCUACACGUCGGGGAUCUACCACGUCGGCCCAGAGAGCCAGGGCCGGGUCCACAUCGCCAUCGAGCCGGCCCAGCUGCUGAAGGGGGACAUCAUGGUGAAGUGUUACCACGAGAGAUGCCGCUCGGCCACCCGCGAGGUCGUCUUCCGCCUGCAGUUCCACACGGGGGCCGUGCAGAGCUGCCGCCUGGUGUUCGGGAAGGAGGAACUGGACGGCGCCUGUGAAGAUGACCGGUUUCCUGCCAACGGGAAGGUGGAGCUGGUGUUCUCGUCCACCCCCGAGAGGGUCCAAGGCUACGAGCAUCUGCGCAAUGACCACGGGGUGAGCGUGGACUUCGACACAGCCGACCCGCUGAUCCGCUGGGACUCCUACGAGAACCUGAAUGGUGACGGCGAAGUGCCGCACACGCAGGGCCCCGUGGAUGGCAGUCUCUACGCCAAGGUGAGGAAGAAGAGCGCCUCGGACCCUGGCGUCUCGGGCGGGGCCCCGGCGGUCCCCGCCGCCAGCAGCCCGGACCACAGCGACCACACCCUGUCGGUCAGCAGCGACUCGGGCCACUCCACGGCCUCGGUGCGGACAGACAGGACUGAGGAGCGCGUGGCCCUGGGACCCAAGCGGGGCCUGAGCCCCCAGGAGAAGGCUGAGUUGGAUCAGCUGCUCAGCGGCUUUGGCCUGGAAGACGCCGGAAGCCCCCUCAAGGAGAUGACCGAUGCGCGCAGCAAGUUCAGCGGGACCCGCCACGUCGUGCCGGCCCAGGUCCACGUGAACGGAGACGCCACGCUGAAGGACCGGGAGACGGACAUACUGGACGACGAGGUGCCCGGCCACGACCUGCACAGCAUGGGCAGCAUCGGGACCCUGUCCUCCUCCGAGGGACACCCGUCGGCCCACCUGGGCCCCUUCGCCUGCCACCAGAGCAGCCGCAACUCGCUCCUGUCUGACGGGUUCGGGGGCAGCGCCGGAGAAGACCCACACGGCGCCCUGGGCCCGGACCUGGGUCUGGGCACGGAGCCCCUGUACGCGCAGGAGGCUUUCGGGAGCCGGGAGCCCAAGCAGCCGCAGCCGGAGCUCGGGACGCCCUGUGUGUCCGCCCAGAUGCAGGCCUGUGAGCAGAGCGGCUACCCCACCCACACCUGGGUGCGCCAGCAGCAGAGGGUGGCUGCCCACCAGUACAGCUUCGCCGCUGACGGGGAGGUCCGGCUCGCCAGCCGCGGCUCCGCGGACAGUUCCCGUGUGGUGCCGUCCCAGCCCAGGCUCCCGGUCACCCCCACCCGGGGGGCCAGCAGCAGAGUGGCCACACAGAGGGGCGUAGGCCCCGGGCCCCAUGCCCCCGACACCCAGCGGCCCCCUCCUGGCAAAACGUUCAAAGCCAGGUUCCCGGACGCCAGCGUCGUGAACGGGACGGGCCCGGAGCCCAGCCCAGCCCCCGCCCCGGGCUCGCCCACCCUGGACAUUGACCAGUCCAUCGAGCAGCUGAACAGGCUGAUCUUGGAGCUGGACCCCACCUUCGAGCCCCUCCCCACCCACAUAAACAUGCUGGGCAGCCCGGCCAAUGGCCCCACAGCCCCGGCCGGCGCAGGGGGCAGGCCCCGGGCGAGCGUCCGCCUGCAGGGCCGAGGAGAGGACCCCGGCGGGGCCCCGGCGCAGCAAGGCUCCCCGGGCGACGCCCUGCUGGGCAGAAGGUUCCGGAAGCUGAGCCUCGGGCAGUACGACAAUGACGCAGGGGGUCCGCCGGCCUUCUCUAGAGGCGGGUGGGGGCAGCCCGCGGGCGUCGAGCAGGCCCCUGGCCUGGCGCCUUUCCUGUCUCCCACAGACGCCAAAGAGACGGCGAUAGCCGUGUGUCCACCGAGCCUCGACGGGGUUGACGGCAGGGUCUUCUCUCCAAGCAAGAGUGGCGGCGAGUCCCUGCCGCCCGUGCCGGGCUUCCCCGUGUCUCCGCAGACUCCGUAUGUGACCACCCACCCGCAUCACCCCGCGUUCAGCCCGCCCGGGCCGAUGGGCACUGCCUGCGGCCUCUACCGCGCGGCUCACGAACCUCGAGGCUGCCCUGAGGUCCUCCGUCACUCUGUGGGGAUGUCAGAGAGCCCCGUGGGACCCAAACCCUCGGCUCCGUCCUUCCCACAGGCCUUCUCGUCCUCCUGCACCAUCUCCAGCAGCAGCCCCAGCUCUCGGAGGGACAGCCCCCCGUCUGCUGAGCACCAGUGGGUGGACACCAGCCCCAAACCAGCGCAGGCCCUGCUGGGGAGCAGCCGGCCCCCAGGAAGCCUCCUCUGCACCAGCGAGUUCCCCGGCUCUGGCCAGGACGGCCCCAUCCCUGGGCGGCCACAGCGCUCGCCGGCUGAGCUCCAGGCCUCUUUCCACAGCCACACACUGUCGCUGGCGGAGCGGCCGGAGGCGCUGGGUGCCCUGAGCAGCCAGGCCUUCCUGGGCUUCAGCUCGGCCCCCGUGGGAAGCAGCCUGCCCCCCAGGGAGGACCCGGGGGCCCUGCUGGCCAGUUCCCACGCAGCGGCCCAGCCCCUCGGCACCCCGCGGACAGCGGCGGGGGCCGUCGACAAUGGCUUCCUGCCCCACAGCUUUCUCACGGCGGGGCCUGGACACAGCGGCCACCACAGCCCUGUCCUGCAGGGCCCGGGCCUGUCCCUGCCCGGGCAGCCGCCCCUUCCCGAGAAGAAGCGGGCCUCGGAGGGGGACCACUCCUUCGGGUCCGUCUCGCCGUCCUCCAGCGGCUUCUCCAGCCCCCACAGCGGGAGCACCAUGAGCAUCCCCUUCCCGAACGUGCUGCCGGACUUCUCCAAGCCUCCUGAGGCAGCGGCUCCUUCUCCGGAUCACGCAGGCGAGAAACACGUGUCGGUGAGCUUCGUGCAGGACACCUCCAAGUUCUGGUACAAGGCGGACAUCUCCAGGGAGCAAGCCAUCGCCAUGCUGAAGGACAAGGAGCCCGGGUCCUUCAUUGUCCGGGACAGCCACUCCUUCCGGGGCGCCUACGGCCUCGCCAUGAAGGUCGCCACGCCCCCACCUUCCGUCCUGCUGCUGAACAAGAAGGCCGGGGAUCUGGCCAGCGAGCUGGUCCGGCACUUUCUGAUCGAGUGCACCUCGAAGGGGGUGCGGCUGAAGGGCUGCUCCAAUGAGCCCUACUUCGGGAGCCUGACGGCCCUGGUGUGCCAGCACUCCAUCACGCCCUUGGCGCUGCCCUGCAAGCUGCUCAUUCCGGACAGAGAUCCACUGGAGGAAGUAGCGGAAACGGCUCCCCAGACAGCGGCCAACUCCGCGGCCGAGCUUCUGAAGCAGGGAGCAGCCUGCAACGUGUGGUACCUGAACUCCGUGGAGAUGGAGUCCCUCACGGGCCACCAAGCCAUCCAGAAGGCCCUGAGCACCACCCUGGUCCAGCAGCCGCCUCCCCUGUCCACCGUGGUGCACUUCAAGGUGUCGGCCCAGGGCAUCACCCUGACGGACAAUCAGAGGAAGCUCUUCUUCCGGAGGCACUACCCCGUGAGCAGCGUCCUCUUCUGUGCGCUGGACCCGCAGGACAGGAAGUGGGUCGCGGACGGCCUGGACUCCAGAGUCUUCGGGUUCGUGGCCCGGAAGCAGGGCAGCGCCAGCGACAACGUGUGCCACCUGUUCGCGGAGCAUGACCCCGAGCAGCCCGCCAGUGCCAUCGUCAACUUCGUGUCAAAGGUCAUGAUCGGCUCCCCUAAGAAGGUCUGAGCCCCUCAGGGCUGGAGAUGCCAGAGGGCCUCCCUGCUGUGUCCCUGCGGUGACCCUGACUCCUGGCUCCUCCAGCUCCCCGAGAACCACCCACCCUGCACCUCCCUGAGAGACGGCCCCCCCGGCGGCCCCCCGCCCUGUCUGGGCAGAAUGGGCGCCAGGUCACCCACCCAGCUUCGCACCCAGGACCGUGCCAGGAAGCUAGGUCCCUGUGUGCCUGGCACGCGGCGUCUGGGAGGAGGGACGUCAGCCCCUGCCGUGGCCCGAGUGACCGCUGCACGUGGCCCCGCUGUGGCAGAGGCUCCUGUCCAGCCAGUGUCCGGUGUCCCCACCCUCCCAGGACACUCCUGUGAGGAGGGUUUGUGCAGCUCCGGCCCUUCCGGAGCCCCGACCGAGGGGACAGGCGAUGGGCUGGAGGGCGAGGGUGUCGCCGUGGGCGGGAGCCCCACCCUGGCCUGGUGCCAGCUCCCGCGUCCCUCCCAUCGGGUCUGAGCCGUGGGCUUCGAGAGGAGGAAGUCCGUGAAUUUAUAGCUUCUCUGCCGAAUCAUUUACGACCGCGGUGCCCUGCAGGUGUCCGGGGGACACUGGGGACCGGCUCCCACGUGCGGUGACGUCAGGUGUCAUCUCCAGGCAGUGGGCGCCGUCCUUUCUGGGGUGUAAGGUUCCGGAGGGGGGACACACUGAGCUCUGGAAGCGCCUGUCCAGCCCGUCGCGUCCACGCCUGCCGGCUCCUGGAGGGGCUGCGGGGGCCUCAGGCUCACGGGUGUUUUGGGGGCCUUCUCCCCUGCCUCAGCCACGGUGUCCAUGCCGUACACACACAGUGGUGGCGUGGUCUGGCGCCUGACCGGUCAGUGGUCCUGGUCCAGGAGAUGCUGGUGGCCUGGGAGGCCCUGCUGAUAAAGUCACUGCCUCCUUCCUCAUCUCCGGCCCUCCGCGGGCUCCUCCCGGAACUGCCCGCUCUCUGUUUUGGAAACCGGCCACCAGCUUGUCCAUCCCCCAGAGGCGCCAGCGACGGUCCCCAGCCUGGGGUGGGAUGUGCUGCGUGGACUCGGUCAAAGUCGGUCAGAGGCGCAGGGCGAGGAGCCAGGACCGUGAGGAGCAGCAGGACAGCCGCUCGGCUCCACCAAAGCCCCGAGCGCGAGUGUCCACCACGGUCCUCCGCGGCGGCCUUCCUCCUCCCGCGCGCGGUGGCCGUGGGGACGGGUCGGCGCUGUCCCCAGGAGGCGUCUCGUCCCGAGAUCGUUCACCCCCAAGUCUGACCCAGAGACCGCAGCCCGGACCCUCACCGUUCGGAUGGAGGAAGACGGGCGUGCGUCGGUCAGCCAGACGCACAGCCCCGGGGAUCAGGGCCCCGGCCUCCCUCCUGGUCCGCAACCAGGAGGCCCGAGAAGCUGGCGCUUUCGCUUCUCAGCUGCCUGGCCUUCCCUGUGGCCGGGCUCUUGGAGGUUUGCUCCAAGCAGACGGUUGUGUGGAGGCCAAAAGGUCUUCUCAUGUGUUACAUGUGUGUUACAUGGGAGAAGACAUGCCCAUGACCUGGGUGUCAGGCCGCAGGUGAGCCCCCCACCCGGCUGGUGCCACACGGGGAGACCCCAGCGGGCACAGGGCCCUGUCCUCACCAGAAGUGUGCCUCUCAGGUGUCUUUGCCCCUCAUUAACCAUACGCGUGUCCCUCAGUGUUAGCCUGUGACCCAGCCCAGUCACCCGUGGAAGGGUCUCCUGUGUUUCCUUGGCAUCAAAGACCUCACCGUGUCUCCUUAUCUGCCUUAACUACUAGUGGGUAUUUUUACUUUCCUUACAUUGUAAAGAAUAUAUCCAGUAUGUAAAUGAAUGUUCUAUAAGUCCGUUGUAUAGUCACUUCCUCUGCUCUUAAAUAUCAUCUCU